UGCGUGCGACGUGUACAGAUAUCCGUGAGUUCAUUUUACGCGUGGGCCGUUCCCUUAAUCACGACCGUUGAUCUCUGGUGUCGAGAGCUUCUAGCUUUUCGCGUACCCCGUAUCGUCUUUAAAAUCCCGUACUCGUCGGAGAAGAUAUAACCGGCGGCGAUAUGGGAGACAUGGACGAUGACGACGACCACGACGACGAAGGCGGAGACGGAGAAGCGCUGGCCGAUCAGCAAAUGACGACUGUAUCUCGUCAUGCUUUCGGCGACUCUGAGAGAACCGCCUUCUCUAUAUCGAUAAUCGAGAACAUGAAAGAAGACUACGGCUUAUUUGUGUGGCCAUGUAGCAUCAUCUUGGCCGAGUAUGUUUGGCAACAGAGAUUGCGUUUUUCCGGGAAUCGUGUCGUCGAGCUCGGUGCAGGUACUUGCUUACCUGGGUUGGUAGCUGCCAAAGUUGGCUCCUUUGUCACCCUUACCGAUGAUGCAAACAGAUUGGAGGUGCUGGCCAACAUGAGAAGAGUGUGUGAUCUAAAUAAUCUAAACUGUGAAGUAUUAGGACUGACAUGGGGAGUUUGGGAUGCAUCCAUAUUUAGUUUACAUCCGCAAAUUAUUCUAGGGGCUGAUGUUCUUUAUGAUGCACGUGCCUUUGACGACCUCUUUGCUGCUGUGGCAUUUCUGCUCCAAAGUAAUCCAGGAUCAGUUUUCAUAACAACUUAUCAUAAUCGAAGUGGUCAUCAUCUUAUUGAGUUUCUAAUGGUCAAAUGGGGACUCAAAUGUGUGAAGCUUCUUGAUGGUUUUUCGUUGUUGCCAUCCAAUAAGGCAGCUAGGCUUAAUGGAAACAUUCAAUUAGCAGAGAUUGUGUUGAACCAUGAGCGGAUUGAGGAAACUUUUUCCUCUGGUGCCGGAUGAUUAUGUGGUUUAGUUCAUUUAUAUAUUUGUUGAUGUAUGCUGCUUUUUGUAGCACAAAUGAACUACACCGUUAAAGACAAGCUCAAGGCUUGGUCUGAAGAAAACAGGGCCUUGCGCUGAAGGAUCAGCUUGUAGUACGUGUUAUCAAAAGUUGUUGAAGAAGGAUCCAUAGUCGCUCCAGCGUUCUUUGCCUUGUUGUUGAUCGGGCAAACACUCCUUAAGCUCGCUGCAAAUGAGGGAUGCAUCUUAGGGUCUAUGUCGUGCGU